UUGGUUAUGUGAUGAUCAUCCCUUUUAAUUUUCAUUAUUUUUUUAAAACAGAUUUCUGCUUGGCAGAUUCACCAAAGGCAAGAGAGGCUAAUCUGCCUGUGUUCUGAGUGCCACCCUCGGCAAAACCCCCAUAGCAGACCCCAGGCCCAAGUCCACUGUGCUACCGUACCUCCACCCCAGACGUUGCUCUGGGGUCUGCCUGAGGUCAGCAGCGUGAAGAUGACCAGCGCCUUCCCAGCAUGACGACCUUGGACCAUGUGAUUGCUACCCAGCAGUCGGAGUGGGUCUCCUUUAACGAGGAGCCCCUCUUUCCUGCCUCUUCGGAGGGUGACACCGAAGAGCACCUCCGAGGACCGUCAUCGUCCUCAGACCAGUCUGAGAGCUCCUCCAGAGAAAACCAUGUGGUGGAUGGAGGCUCUCAGGACCUUUCCCACUCGGAGCACGAUGACUCCUCUGAAAAGAUGGGCCUCAUCUCUGAAGCAGUCUCGCCGCCUGGGAGCCCUGAGCAGCCCCCGCCUGACCUGGCCUCGGCCAUCAGCAACUGGGUUCAAUUUGAAGACGACACCCCCUGGGCCAGCACAUCACCACCUCGUAAAGAAACAGCAGCCACAGCCCUAUCAUUGACUGUGCCCUGCUGGACGUGCCCUUCCUUCGACUCCCUGGGGAGAUGCCCUCUGCCCUCUGAGAGCAGCUGGACCACACAUUCUGAAGAUACCAGUAGCCCUAGUUUUGGCCCCUCGUACACAGACCUGCAGCUCAUCAGUGCUGAGGAGCCGACGAGUGGCCCAGCUUCCAGGGCUGACUCGACUGACGAGAGGACGGAGUGGCAGACAGGCAGGCAGACGGCGGUGAGUCCUGUUCAAGCAUGCACGGAGCAUAUCUCUACCCGCACCCACGUCCGGGACCCCUCGCCACCCCCAACCCACCCCUGGAGGAGCCAGAGCCCCGGCAAGGGUCCAGAGGGGGCCUUCACCCCCAGUGACAAUUCUUCCUCUCUUCAGGAAGAUGAAGAGGUAGAGAUGGAGGCCAUCACCUGUCAGGUUAGCAGUCCAGCCAUGAACGGCCAUCCUGCCACUCCAGUGACCUCUGCUCGUUUCCCCAGCUGGGUCACUUUUGAUGACAAUGAAGUCAGCUGCCCUUUGCCACCAAUCACCUCUCCUCUGAAGCCGAAAACACCACCUAUUGCAUCUGUGAUCCCAGAAGUACCUUAUAACUCAACUGAGUCCUUUAAGAAGAGGGAGCGUCCCAAGAGCACGUUGAUGAACUUCUCCAAAGUCCAGAAGCUGGACAUUUCCUCCUUGAACCAUCCACCUUCCGUGCCUGAGGCUCCACCGUGGAGAGCAACCAAUCCUUUUCUGAAUGAGACUCUACAGGAUAUUCAGCCCUCCCCUAUCAACCCGUUCAUCGCUUUCUUUGAGGAGCAGGAGAGGCGCUCCCAAAACAGUUCCAUUUCUGGUACCACGGGCAAAAGCCAAAGAGAUUCCCUCAUUGUCAUCUACCAGGAUGCCAUCAGUUUUGAUGAUUCAAGCAAAAACCAGUCACACUCAGAUGCUGUUGAAAAACUCAAACGACUCCAAAUUGAGGAUCCUGAUCACUUAGGUAGUGCAACACUUCCUGAUGAUGACCCCAUAGCCUGGAUUGAAUUAGAUGACCACCCAUCAGGCUCUGCACCAUCCCAGCCCAGAGAUGGGUGGCCCAUGAUGCUAAGGAUCCCUGAGAAGAAAAACAUCAUGUCCUCCAGGCACUGGGGACCCAUCUACAUCAAACUAACGGACAGCGGUUACCUGCAGCUGUAUUACGAGCAGGGCCUAGAAAAACCAUUCCGUGAGUUCAAGCUGGAGCCUUGCCAUGAGAUCUCAGAACCACGGCUCCAGAACUAUGAUGAGAAUGGCAGGAUCCACAGCUUGCGGAUAGACCGCGUCACCUACAAGGAGAAGAAAAAAUACCAGCCUAAGCCUGCUGUGGCCCACACAGCGGAGAGGGAGCAGGUGAUUAAGCUGGGUACCACUAGUUACGAUGACUUCCUGAGCUUCAUCCGUGCAGUUCAGGACCAUCUCAUGGAUCUGCCGGUGUCAUCCAUGGACUUGAGCACAGUUGGCCUGAACUACCUUGAAGAGGAGAUUACAGUGGAUGUCAGAGAUGAAUUCUCUGGCCUUGUGAGUAAAGGAGACAACCAGAUUCUCCAGCACCACGUCUUGACACGGAUCCACAUCCUGACUUUCCUCUCUGGCCUUGCGGAGUGCCGCUUGGGUCUCAAUGACGUCCUUGUCAAGGGGAACGAAAUCGUCUCCCGGCAAGACAUCAUGCCCACCACCACCACCAAGUGGAUCAAGCUGCACGAGUGCCAUUUUCACGGGUGUGUGGACGAGGAUGUGUUCAACAACUCACGGGUUAUCCUAUUCAACCCUCUGGACGCCUGCCGGUUUGAGCUAAUGCGGUUCAGGACGGUAUUUGCUGAGAAGACCUUGCCUUUCACACUCAGGACGGCAGCAAGUGUCAAUGGGGCAGAGGUGGAGGUGCAGAGCUGGCUGCGGAUGUCCACCGGCUUCUCCUCCAACUGCGACCCUCUCACUCAGGUUCCCUGUGAGAAUGUGAUGGUUCGCUACCCGGUGCCCAGUGAGUGGGUGAAGAACUUCCGCAGGGAAAGCGUCCUGGGGGAAAAGUCUUUGAAAGCCAAAGUGAACCGGGGGGCAAGUUUUGGCUCCACUAGUGUCUCUGGCUCUGAGCCUGUCAUGAGAGUAACUCUGGGAACGGCCAAGUACGAGCAUGCCUUCAACUCCAUUGUGUGGAGGAUAAACCGACUGCCUGACAAAAACUCAGCCUCUGGUCACCCACACUGUUUCUUCUGCCACCUUGAACUUGGCUCUGACCGGGAAGUGCCUUCCAGAUUUGCCAAUCACGUGAAUGUCGAGUUCAGCAUGCCUACGACUUCUGCCUCCAAAGCUGCCGUAAGAUCCAUCUCUGUGGAAGACAAGACCGAUGUCAGGAAGUGGGUCAAUUAUUCCGCACACUACAGCUACAAGGUGGAAAUUGAGCAAAAACACAGUUUGAAGCCAGACUUUGAAGGAGAUGAAAUGGAAAAUCCCAAGGAGUGUGGGGUCCAGUGACAAAGCCCUCCUGCAGGGGGGCCCGACCCAAGAGUCACGAUAGGAUGUCCUCUUGAAUAGCUGAAGCUCAAGUCAGUACCUACCAUGGCUACUCCAUACUGGGAACAGCACGGUGGACCUUCCUGUUUGUAGUUACCUGUAUUUUAACAGGAUACCCUAAGGUGGUUCCUUUGGAGAGGCUCUCAUCAUGCCCGAAGCACCUGGGUCACCUGACUCUGGGGGCUUACAGUGUAAUUAAGCCUCUGCUCCACUCCAUUUGUCUCACAGCACUUGGGUGUGGUUUGUUGUGACUGAUAAAAUCAGGAAAAGAAACUCCCACAUCAGUGUGGGGACAUCCCUCUGAUGUUCACCUGUCACUUAACAUCAGUUUCUGGAAAACAGUCCUGAGAACUUAAUUAACUAAGACCCCAUCUCUGCCACUCCCUCUAGAAAACGCUGAGAAGAGGCACAGAGUUGGUCUCCUCUUUGGGUCUGCUAGGCCUUUCUCCACUCUUCAAGUGUUAACACUAUGCAACCAAAGUUUUUGAGUUGUUUCCCUCCUGGUUCUAGAUUGUUUUGAUUGAAACACUUUUUUUUUCUGAGUCACAAUAGACAAUGGAAAAAAGGCUCAAUAGGACACUUAUAAAUUCUGUGGUUAGCCCCACAUUCUGCAAAGAGUGGCUGCUGAAGGGAAAGAAAAACUGAGCUUAUUUUUCUUCAUUUGGGGGAAAAGGGACAUUCAUUGUAAGAUCAUAUUCAAUUCAGGAGACAGCUUCAAUCUCAGUCAAUUUCUAAAUUCACACUGAAAAAUGUAGGCCAUUUCUGAUUCCUGAAACAAAUGGCUACAUUUGUCAGGGGCAUUUGGGAGCUCUCUGUAUACCUCAUAGCCAACAGACAGCUGCAUGUCUCUUUAACUCAAAUAUACAGGAAAUAUAAGUUGAAAAGGUCAUUUUAAAAGCUGUUUCAAAACUAAGCUUGUAUGAGCUUUUCAGAGUUUGAUAAUCACAGUAUUAUACUAGAUCUAAAAGGCAAAAGACUUCAGGGUGGGGGGGGGGAUAUUUUUCCUAACGUUGGGAACUAAGUCCUGAUUCCAAGAAUUGAGGACACUCCCUAUUCUUUCUCUUCAUCUGUUCCUGCUCACAGUCUGUAAAUCUGCUUCUUAUUUGUACCUUGUUUUCUUAGCAUGCAAGGAACCACAUCGGCUGUCCCAACGGGGAUACCAGCUCAACAAUUUAAAGGCAGCUUUUAUCUGCUUUCCUAUUUCUCCCAUGAAGAACAGAGUAAUGGGAACAGAAAGCAUGCUGAUCAGAUGACACAGAAAUAGACAUAUCUAGUCUGCUGACUGGCAGAUUCGGGGUUAAUUCAUUCAGUGAAUAUUCGUUGCAUUCUAUGUGUUGACACUAGGAUACAGAAACCAUUACAAUUUUUUGAGAUACCUGAGCAUGAGACUGAAACUAAAAGGAUGAAAUUGAAUAAGCAUUAAUGAGAAACUCUAUAUCCUGAGUUUCUUAAAUGCAACCCCUAAGUACAGAGUGGUGUACCUAUGUGUGUAUGGAUGUGUGUGUUGGUGUGAAGGAUGUUGCAAAGUCCUGAUUUCACAGUUUUUGUAGAAAUGUUUUCUUAGGGAAAUCUGAGUUCCAUCUUGAAUCAGAAGUAUAUCAUGGGUAUUCACAAAACUAAUGCAUUCAACCUGUGGUAACAGAAGCCCAAGGAGCCCUGCAUGCUGCACUAAUCAGUCCACAUCUGGAUAGAGGGUUGGGUUCAAUUCUGGGUACCAUAUUUUAAGAGAUUAAUAAACUGUGUCCAGAGUCAGGUGGCCAGGGUUUGAAGAGUCUGAUUAUACAAGGAACAGGGGACUGGUUCCCCUGAAGAACAGAAGGCAGAGCUGGAAAGGGAGUGCAGAAAAAGAGGAAACAAUAUAAUAGCUGCCUUGAAAUCUCUGUUGAGCUAUAAGAAGGGAGAGGAACUGGACUUACUUACUCAGUGUAGCUUCAAAGGGCAAAAAGAGGAAUUUUAUGGAUGACAGAUGUUUACUUCAAUAUAAGAAUGAAUUUUCUAGUAAGAGCUGUUCUAAAGAAUGGACUCAAAUAGUAAAAUUUCCAGUUGCUGCAAAUGCCCAAAAGCUAAAAUAACCCAUCUACCCCAAAUGCUAUGAAAAAGGGACUCUUAGAUUGGACUUGGGCUAGACAACUAUUAAGAUCCCUUCUCCUCAUAGGUUUAGUCUCAAGAGUAAUAGGAUUCUCUAUUCUAGUUGUUUUUAAUUUGAUAAGCAUUUUUCUGGCUCUCUGAAGUACAGUGGGGUUCCCUAGGGGUCCUUGUCAAGUGAGGUCUCCAAGACAGAGCCCUUCCCUGUUGUGCUAAAAGCGUACACGAUUCCUCACAGAAACACCGACAUGGGCUGAAGAGAUGCCAAGGUGAAGGUCAUCCUGGCACCUUCCGUAUGCAGUGUGAGCACCCAGGCACCCUCUCGAGAUCCCUGCCUCACUUGCUAGCAUCACAAUGUAAGCAUUGCCUGUUGGACCUUUUUUCCCCAGUGGUUAAUUCUCACUGCCUUUGUGUUUUCACCUGGACAUUGUUUUUUAAACCAAGGGUUGGGAAAACCUUUCCCAUGCUACCUACAUUCAGCAAUCAAAUUAUCAUUAAUUUUUAAAAACCUACUACCUUGAUUUCAUCAGUUUUGCUUUUCCUCUACUGUUUUUUAAAAACUGAUUAUAGGUAACAUUUAGGGGUUUGGGAAAUACUAUAUAUUUUUAGAUGUAGUUUCUAUGUAGUUUUGUUAAUAGCCUACAUAGAAAACACGGUUGGCAAAUACAUUUUGAUGUGCAGAUUCUAAGUUUGCCACCCUGGACCUGGAUUUUGUGUGUGUAUGUGUGUGGCCACAAAUAAUCCCUGUCUGUGUUAUCAAAAAUGCAAACCUGUUAAAAGUGUAUUCAUUUUACCAAUACAUAGUAUUACUAUUAGAACAUAAAUUAGAUGUCCCAUGAUAUUAAGAGCUGUGCUUUCUUUUGGCUCUAGUGGCUUGCUUUGUGACUUUAUACUAAAGAAGGAUAAGAAACUAUAAUAUUUCAAACAAGAGAACAUGAGGUGCUUGGUGGGGGUAUCUUUAAAACUCCUUUGCCACUCUUAUAAACAUAGUACUAGUUAUUCCUUAUCAAAAAUUUGCAUUUCACUUAUAUACAAUCUGGACAGUUUUUUUUUUCUUUCCUAUUUGGUUCCUGCAUUAUUGGCCAGGCUUGUAACCCUUGAGAACAUUUUUUAUGUAAAAUAUUUAUUUGAAAUGAGAGUAUUUCUAUUCAGACCCACUGGAUGAGAGCAAGAGUUUAUUUCCCUACAAAUUCACAUUCCCAAAAAACAUGACCCAUGGAGGCAAGAAAUGUAUCUUAUUCUUUGUUUCCAAUACUUAGCACCACGCUUGGAUAAUAACAGUUUCUGCCAACUUAAAUCCUUGCUGAUAGGACAAAUACAUAUUAAUGAAAUAAAGGGAAAUGAUUAGGUACUCAAUAAAUCUUUGUUGAACAAAUACUGACCCUGAGACUCUUAGACUACAUAACCCUUACUUACCGUCAAUACUUACACUGAUGCAAGCAAGCAUGCUUUUAUUUUCUGGAGCACUUAAAUACUUUUUCUUUCUUUGCCUCCACUGUUGACUAAUGAUUACUGUCAGCACUUGAGCACUUCAUGUGCAGCUGAAUUUAAACUACA